UUUUUUUUUUCGCUUCGUUUCAACGGUCGAGGAUUUUGCGAAACCGUAGCUGAGAGAAGAGCAGCAAUUCUGGUCUCUGGUCUCCUCUUCUAUUCUUCUGUGAGCUUCACUUCGAUUCCCUCCACUUCUCUGCAAGCAUAGAUAUCUGGUGCCGAAUCUAUCGCCGCUGAAAGCCUGGGACUUGUCCAAGCCGAGAGUGAAAGAGAUGGGGAGGGGAUUGUGUUAUUGGUGUGAUGAGAAGAGUGGAAUCUGCUUUCAUGCGAUAGAACCUCAAAAGACAAGAAUACCUCUUUCUCACAAAGUUUAUGUGAGAUAUGCUUGAGUUGAAAACAGAAGCGUGCUGUCUGGAGAAUAAGCAAUCCACUGCUGCUUCUUGCUCCUCUGUUUCCGAAGGCAGUGGCAGCCCAAUUAACAAGUCCACAGAGAUGUGUAGCCCUGCAUCUACAUCGCCCUCACACCGGAGGACCACUGGCCCUAUAAGGCGUGCAAAGGGAGGUUGGACAGCAGAAGAGGAUGAGACAUUAAGGAAUGCUGUUGCAACUUACAAGGGCAAGAAUUGGAAGAAAAUAGCUGAGUAUUUUCCUGAUAGAACAGAAGUUCAAUGCCUUCACAGAUGGCAAAAAGUUCUCAAUCCAGAACUUGUUAAAGGACCUUGGACAUUGGAGGAGGAUGAUAAAAUUGUUGAACUGGUCUCCAAAUUUGGGCCUACAAAAUGGUCUCUUAUAGCCAGGUCUUUGCCUGGUCGAAUAGGGAAACAGUGCCGAGAGCGAUGGCACAAUCAUCUUAAUCCUGACAUAAAGAAAGAUGCCUGGACUUUGGACGAGGAAUUGGCCCUGAUAAAUGCUCAUCAUACCCAUGGGAACAAAUGGGCUGAAAUAGCCAAGGUUCUUCCUGGAAGAACUGAUAAUGCAAUAAAGAACCACUGGAAUAGUUCUUUGAAGAAAAAGUUGGAUUUUUAUUUAGCUACAGGAAGACUUCCACCAGUGCCAAAGAACAAUGCACAAGUUGCUGUCAAAGAUACAAUUAGACUUUCUACUUCUAAAACAAUUCCUGUUUGUUCAAGUAAAGAAUUAAAUUUAGCUGUUAAAACACCAUCUGAACCUACAACUAUUAGUAUGCUAGAUGAGAGUGGCAUGAAUCAGUCAUCCUCAGGGACAGUUAGAGAUGUUCGUGAUUCUUCAAGUGUUCCUGCUAAUGAAUCUGCUGAUUCUGACGGUGUAGAAUGCAAACCUGGAUCAUCCAACAUAGAUCUCGCCUGUAGCAACUCAAAGCCUGUGUCAAUAGUUAAUUUCAGAAUAACUUGUGGGACAAAUUUUGAGAAUUCUGGACUAAGUGUAAACUCAAAGUUUGAGCGGUGUGUAGACAAUUGUGAAAUGAGUUGCAGCAGCAGGUCUAUCAGAACUUCUUUCUCCCAAGAAAGUCCUACCUGUGGUUCUUUGUGUUAUGAGCCGCCUCAGUUAAGUGGUUCAGUUCCUUUAGAUUCUCUUUCUUUAAGCCUGCAGAAUGAGUACUGCUCUAAUCCGAUGUUGUCGCCUAUCGAUUACUUCACUCCAGCUAGUGUGAAGGGUAGUGAAUUAUGCAGUGAGACACCUGAAUCAUUUUUGAAAAAAGCUGCUGAUACUUUUCCAAACACUCCUUCCAUAUUGAGGAGGAGACGGAACAGAGUCGAAACACAAACCCCUCCUUGUAAACUUUUGAAGGUAGAAAAUCAUUCUUGUACUUCUAAUGAAUCAGAGAGAACCAAGGAUAAUUCUGGUUCUGAGGUUGGGAGGUUCUCUGAGAAUCCAGCAAGCCAUGACAAUGAGAGUGACCUUCCCAAGGCUUACAAUGCAUCUCCACCAUACCAGUUGAGAUCCAAGCGAACAGCUGUUCUCAAGUCCGUGGAGAAACAACUAGAAUUUGCAUUUGAGGAAAAAAAAUGAAAGCAAUUUCAACUGAAUGAAAAUACCUGCAAAGAGUAGCAAUGUGAUUAUGAAGAUUGCCCCAGGAAACAAAAUUAGUUGCAACAUAGCAAAUAAUUUAAUUGAUUUAGGUACUUUAUUGAUUUUGGCUGGUUCUUCCAAAUGGUUUGAUCACGUUCGCGUAUUUCGGGAAGACAGUUUGGAUAGUUGGUUUUUCAUUUUCAUCACACGUGAACAGAAUUCAGCAGCUGUAGGAUCCGGUAUGUAUAGAAUAAGAAAGUGGCAGACUUCCAUUUACUUGUGGAUAUAUAAGGCUUGCUGUAUAUACCAGUUUUGUACGGUUUAGGAACAAUAAAUCUUCAAGUAGCGUCGGUGUUUCUUUGGGUAUUUUUCUUAAACUUUUUCCAGCCUGACUUACAAAUCAAUAAAAAUGCAACUACCAUUUAGAGUUUAACGAUCAUUCAAUGUUAGUAAGAUAUGAGAAUAGCAUGCUCAUCAAGAAUUGCCACGAAAGUGAAACC